AUGUCAUCAUUACCUUUUAUUCCAAAUGAAGGUGAUACUCUAGAUACUAUAUUUGUUACAGUGUCGUCUAGUUUCACUCUGGUCGGCUGUUGUUUUAUUAUAUUUAGUUAUAUCUAUUUCAAAGAGCUUAGAGAGUUCAAUCUAAAGUUGGUUUUCAUUCUAACGCUCAAUGAUCUCGUAAUUUCACUUAUAUUCUUAAUCAGCACGCAUAUCAGUAGAUCGUACUCAGAGAUCGUACGAGAAGCACUUCCUUUCAUAUGUAGUGUGCCCGAUACACUACUUCACUAUUUCUUUAUAUCCUCGUUCUUUUGGAGUGUAGCAAUUGCUCAUACAUUACUUCAAGUAAUUGCAUAUAAUAAUAUGAAUGUUGAAUCUGUAUAUUAUAAAUUCUAUCAUAUGGUUGCAUGGGGUAUACCUUUCCUCUUGAUAUUCAGCUUAUUCCUAACUCGAUCACUACGACAUGCCGAUUGUAGUCGUUUUGAUUCAUUGUAUCCACAUCUUUUGUUCUUUAUUCCGCUUCUGGUGGCACUGCUCUACAAUGUGGUGGUUUGUGUAAUCGUCACUCGAAAACUCAAGAAAGAUUACAGUCAUUACAAAGCACACUCUCUGAAGGAUACGAGCAUUGCAGGCAUCGCAAAGACUAGUAGUGCGAGCAGCAUUGUUUCAUCGUCGUUCAACGAAUUCGUAAAGAUUGUAGGAACACCAAAAAUCGUUAGAACAUCACUGCUUUUCUUGAUAUCGUUUGCAUUCUGCUGGCUCUGGUCACUGGUUGUCGUGGUGCUUAUCAUCGUCAAUCCGCUUGGUUGGCACGACAGCCCAACGAUGACAUUCUUCCUUCGCAUGUCAUACAUAUUCACACCGCUUCAAGGAUUCCUAAACUCACUAAUCUACGGUCUACACGAAGAUCUCUGGAUCAAGAUGAAAGAAUCCAUGAGAAACCGAUGGAACUAUUGGGUCGACCCAAACAAUCACUACAUUGACGAGUACAAUCCCGAGCAACCUUCAUUCAACUACGAAACCUAUUACGAGGAGUAUUCAGAUAUACAUAGAAGUGCGAGCGGUGGAGAUAUCUUUAUUUUCAACAAUGAUAGUACGACAAUCAAUUAA